AUGUUAUUUUGUUUAGCUUCAAUCUCUCGAUGCCAAUGUCCUUCAUCUUCCACAUAUACAAUUGAACAAAGUGCUACAGAAAUCAGCGAUUAUGAAUUUAAAGAAUGCACUCAACUAGAAGAAGUUUCACUUCCUGAAACUAUUGUAAAAAUCGGAAAUUUUUCAUUCCAAGGAUGCACAAACCUCAAAAGUGUAAACUUUCCAUCAAGUCUCAAUACAAUCGGAGAUAAUGCAUUUGAAUCAUGUUCCUCUCUUACAAAUAUUGUUCUUCCAUCAAAUCAAAUAACAUAUGGAAUACGUAUAUUCUAUCAAUGUACAGGUCUAACAAGUGUAACAAUUCCAGAAGGUUACACAUCAAUUCCAAAUGGCUUACUAAGUAGUUGCGAAGGUCUUAAAAGUGUGACUAUUCCAUCAACUGUUAAAAUAAUCGAAUUUCAAGCUUUUUGGGGAUGCAAUGGUCUUACAAGCAUUGUAAUACCAUCAAGUGUCAAAACAAUCAAAGAAGCAGCAUUUUCAUAUUGUAAAGGUCUUACAAGUAUUGAAAUCCCAUCAGGAAUUACAACAAUUGAAAAAUCUCUUUUCGAAGGAUGUAAAAAUCUUACGAUAAUAACAAUUCCAUCAAGUGUCACAUCAUAUAAAAGUUAUGCUUUUCAAUAUUGUGAAAGUCUUAAAAGUAUAACAAUAUCACCAGGUACAACAAUAAUUGAAGCACACACAUUUUAUGGCUGCAUCAGUCUUACUAGUAUAGUUAUUCCAUCAACCGUUACAGUGAUUGGGGAUUCGUCAUUUUAUGAAUGUUCUGGUAUUACACAUCUUGAAAUACCAUCAAAGGUCACAACAAUUGGAAAAACUGCAUUUUCACACUGUUACAAACUUACAAGUCUAACAAUACCAUCAACUGUUACAUCAAUAGGAAGUUUUGCAUUUUCAUACAUUUAUGGUAUCACAAACAUUGAAAUACCUUCAAGUAUUACAAGUAUUGAAGAAGGAUUAUUUCUUCAAUGCAACAAUCUUACAAAUGUAAAAAUCCCAUCAACAGUUACAUUUAUUGGCAAGAAUGCAUUUUUUAAAUGCUAUAGCCUUGUUGAUGUUGAGAUUCCAGAAGGAGUUACUGAAAUUGAACAAUAUGCAUUUUGGGAAUGCUCGAAUCUUACAAGUUUUACAAUUCCAUCAACUGUUACCACAAUGGGAAUGGGAGUAUUUUAUGAUUGCAAAAAACUCAGAAGUCUCAUAAUCAAAACUCCAAAAGAUGUAACAUUUAACGGCCAAAGUGCCUUUCUCUUAUCUCCAAUUUCAGAAUUAGUUUUCGAAAAUACAGGAUUUUCUAUACUUAAAUCUCGUUUCAGUAGCGUUAUCAAAUCAAUCAAAUUUGAUUUUCCGAAAUCAAAUUCAAAUCUAAAACUUCGCGAAUCACCAUCAUUACCAUCACUAACUAAAAUUGGAUCAUUAUCUAGUGUUACAAUAGGAAAUAUCAAUGAUUAUAAAGUUCCUGAAUCAUUUAUUAAGGGCGCACCCGUAUGUACGUUUAUUUAA